AUGACGAAACAAGAAGUGUUCCAGCUGUACCAGCGGAACAUCGAGGAGCUCACCGCUCAAAACCCGCAUGCUGAGGUCGGCGGAGCAGCUUCGCUUCCGGGAAGGUCACAGCGGCGCACGCACUCUUCUUCUGUGAAACAUUGCAAAGCAGCUCCUACAAAUUCAAGCCCCUCCAAAACCGGCAGAAGCAACCGAACAAAGGAGCUGGUUAAAGCUGCCGCAGCUGCUGUCUUUUACCCGCAUCCGGUUGCAACACAGUUACAUUACUUUGCUUUAGUGCCACUGUGUUUGCUAAACGCCACUUGGGUGGUGGAGUUGACUCUGCGUUCUCUGCAGGACCCGAGGCUGUUGCAAGCCAACCAGGGAAGCAACUGCGCACUCCGCUACACGAUGUUCUGUCGAUGUGCAAGAGAAUUAGGCGAGGAGAAUCCUCGCUGCAAGUACCAGUACUACCGCGCGCAGAUUGCAUGUACAGCUGAACAGAUGGACGACUGGAACGAGCACAGGAGCAGGGGAACCUGCAUGUUCGACAUCAUGCCAGAACGAUCUACAAAGCACCUACGGCAGUAA